AAAAUCACGAGGAAAACAGCACUUCCGCAUUGACUAAACAUAACCACAAGUCACUUGUAAAUUCAGACCAAAUCUCGGAUAACAACUGAAAAAUGGGACAGCUAAAUUGGCUUUUCUUGGUGUCCCUGUUAACGGCAGUGUGUGGCCAGUUUAUACCUCCAUAUACGGAAGAAUGCCAAAAGAACAUGUACCCACCUAAAGGCCCAACGUUUAAAGGAGGAGUCACCUGGUACACAGUAGAUCUUGAUCUACACCCUAGUGACAGAUGGACUGCAAUAAUCACGGACAAAAAGGCAGAUCUGGUUGACAUGAUCCAGGCCAUCAGGGAUUUGGCUAACGCUUUUGUUCCAAGCGGGAAAUUGAUUGAAAUGGUUGACAUAGGUUUGCCCUUGGUGGCAAGCACACUCCCCUACCCCUUCAGGGAUGAACUCAAAGGAAUUGCAACUGCCUCUGGACUCCCUCUUGGUGAGGUGGUGCUGUUCAACAUCUUCUAUGAAGUGUUCACUGUUUGUACUUCACUUGUGGCUGAAGACAGUGACGGUAAUCUAAUCCAUGGAAGGAAUCUAGAUUUUGGGUUAUUCAUGGGCUGGGAUUUGAAGAAUAGGUCGUGGAUGAUCACAGAGAAGCUCAAGCCUUUGGUGGUCAACAUUGACUUCACGAGGGAUAAUAAGACUGUUUUCAAGUCCACAAACUUUGCUGGAUAUGUGGGCAUGUUGACCGGGAUCAAACCGCAUACUUUCACACUGACCAUGAAUGAGCGUUUUAGCCUGGAUGGAGGAUACAUUGGGAUCCUGGAGUGGAUCUUGGGAAAGCGUGACGGGAUGUGGAUGAGUUUCCUUACUCGCUCUGUCCUGGAGAAUGCAACCAGCUACGAGGAUGCUAAGAAUAAGCUGUCCCUGACCCAGCUCCUGGCCCCAGCCUACUUCAUACUGGGGGGAAACCAGACAGGCCAGGGCUGCAUCAUCACCAGGUCCAGACUCCUGAGCCUGGAUGUGUUGGAGAUUGACCUGAAGCAGGGCCGUUGGUACGUCCUGGAGACCAACUACGACCAUUGGAAGGAGCCCCUCUUUCUAGAUGACCGCAGAACUCCAGCCAUGAAGUGCAUGAACCAGACCAUGCAGGCAAAUAUCUCACCAAAGACUGUUUAUGAUGUGCUGUCCACAAAACCAGUCCUAAACAAGUUGACCACCUAUACUACACUCAUGGAGGUGUCCAAGGGGAAACUGGAGUCGUACAUUCGUGACUGUCCAAAUCCCUGCAUGCCGUGGUAAAUGUCCUCAAAGCAGAAACGGGAUCAGGUUUUAAACGCUCUAAUUGCACAGUGGCCUUCUGGUGCAUUGCUAAGUCUUUGCACAAUGACUUACCUUUGAGAACCAAUGAUCACCUCGUAACCAAGCACUAGCUUUACUUCCUUUCAACUGCUCAUGCAUUUUUUCAAUGUUUGUACACGAGUAUAUGAAAAAGUCUUGAACUGGAGUUUUUGGAUUUAUGUUUUAUGUUUUCUGGGUGAGGUGGGUAGUGGGUGCAUACAGACAGUUUUGGGAUUGGGGCCAUUGCAGAAAUAGCAUCUCAGUUGCACUAAGCUAUGUAUGACCUUUGUUCUUCCUGUGGCUGACAAUUGCAUUUCCAAAAAUAUGAUUUAGCGAAUAAUAAAAUUGUCCUUUUUUAAAAACUUUUUUCCAAAUAAACAAUUAAAUCAAAUGUUA